UAUAGGCAUUGCCCCCUAAUCACUAACAGAUACAUGCGCCUGAGGACGUAUUAAAAACAGCAAGAAUUGGCACGGCGAUCACGCGCUUUCAAUAAUCAUAUCCCCUGUCUGAUGGGCGAGCCCUGCUGGAGAUUCCAAGGUCCAGACUAAAGGAGAACAGAAAAAGAAGGGAUAAGAUUAGGUACGAUGUUGCUCUUCUUCGCCCUCGCCGCCGUCCUCGCCUGGAUCGUCGCUCUCGCCCUCGGGUUGUUGGGCAAUAUCCGCCUGCUCUUCCGGACGACUCGCUGGGCUGUCACCCUGUAUAUGGGUCUGCUCGGCGUGCCUCUGUGCCUCGUCUACCGCGAGGGGCUCAUCGCCCUCGACACGGAGGAAAAGAAGAUAUCGGAUGCAAUGUGGGCCUGGUCUUUUUGGUAUAUGUGGGUUGUGGCUAGCAUUUUGUUUUGGCCGUUCUUAAUACCGUCGGCCUACGUUAUGGCAGCGGCGUUGAAGGAGCCCCAUGCGCAGAAAGUUCUUGAUUAUGGGUUGGCUAGGUUGGGCUGGGUCGAGUGGGUGCAUAAUCCUCUGUGGUACUUGGCCAAAAGCUGCUGGCAAGUGUGGGUGAUGAUAAGUGAAAAACACGAGCAGUCGAAAGUGUAGACACUGUCGUCCAGAAGGGUCUUGGUUCGAUGUUACAAUAUUGAAAGAAACAUAGGC